AUGAGUAACUGGGCCACACCCAUUGUACCUGUGAUGAAAAAAGAUGGAUCCAUCAAGAUCUGUGGGGAUUUCAAAGUGACGCUUAAUCCUGUGUUGGAAGUGGAGCAAUACCCACUGCCCCACAUUGAUGACUUGUUCGCUGAGCUAGCUAGCGGACAAAAAUUCAGUAAAAUUGACCUUAGCCAAGCAUAUCUCCAAAUGCAUGUGGACGAAAGCUCAAGGGAACUGCUCACCAUUGUCACACACAAGGGUCUAUAUCGUUACUGUCUGCCAUACAGAAUCACGUCUGCCCCAUCUCUUUUCCAAAGAGCGAUGGAUCAAAUUUUCAAUGGUCUCCUGGGAGUCCAGUGCUACUUGGACAACAUACUGAUCACUGGGAAGAGAGAGGAGGAGCCCUUGAGAAAUCUAGAUGCUACCUUGCAGCAGCUUAAAGAGUAUGGACUCAGAGUUUGUAAAUCCAAGUGCGAGUUUUUCCAGCCAUCAGUCGAAUACUUGGGGCAUGUGAUUGACUCUAAAGGCUUACACAAGGCCCCAUCCAAGGUCAAGGCAAUAAUGGAGGCGCCAGCGCCCCAGAACAGAGUCAUCAUUCCACCAUCACUGAGGAAAAGAGUGUUGCCACAGCUGCAUUCAGGCCAUUGUGGAAUUGUUUGCAUGAAGGAACUCGCCAGAAGCUACGUCUGGUGGCCAGGACUCGAUGGACAAAUUGAGGAAACAGCAAAGUCAUGCACAUCAUGUCAGAAGGUCCGCAACGUGCCACGACUGGCCCCACUCCACCCGUGGGAUUGGCUGGAAGAAGCAUGGCAAUGGGUUCAUGUUGAUUUUGCUGGUCCAUUUGAAGAGAAAAUGUUCCUGGUAGCCAUCGGCACAAAGUGGCCAGAAGUGUCUAUAAUGAGAUCUACUACUACAGAGAAAACAAUUGACAGGCUUGGUGAGAUAUUCAGUCGAUUUGGCUUUCCUGAACAGCUUGUAAGUGAUAGUCCUCAGUUCAUUUCUCAAGAAUUUGAGAAGUUCCUCGAAGUGAAUGGAGUACAACAUAUCCAAUCUGCUCCUUAUCAUCCUUCUACUAAUGGAUUAGCAGAAAGAUUUGUGCAAGUCAAGCAUUCCCUGAAAGCUUCACAGGGACAGGGUUCACUUCAUCAGAGGUUGAACAGUUUUCUACUGUCUUACAGAAAUGUGCCACAUUCAACUACUCAAGUCUCGCCUGCAACACUUCUCAUGAAAAGCCACCAGCCCAGGUUGCUACCUUUCCAAGGCCGGCUACUGCAACAGUUGAUUCAACACUGCCCACUACUCGUGUCAACUUCAGUUCCGGGAAACAUUCCUGCGUCAGGUGAUGGGGACGCUCUUCGUUAUCCUGUGAGGGACUGA